AGUCGUAGUCGAUUCCUUUGUUUUUUUGCUUAGCUCUUCCUAACGCUUUUAUCUUGUGUGUUUGUACUUUGUAUCUUCCCCCCGGUGACCAUCAAUGUCUGGACUGUUGAACAUUUUACCCCACCGAAUCUCACAGGGACUGACCGCGGCCUAUUUCACCGUAACCAGCUGGAGCAUUCGCGGCCGAUCUACGCUAGUGCAGACGACCGAAAUGGCACGCAUGACGGUGCAGAAGAUUCCGGCGCUGAAGGACAACUUCAUGUACCUGGUGGUGUGCAACGAGACCAAGAGCGCCGCCAUCGUCGAUCCGGUCGAGCCGGACCGGGUGCUGCAGGUGGCCAAGGAGGCGGGGGUCUCGCUGACCAAGGUCCUGACGACGCACCACCACUGGGACCACGCCGGAGGCAACGCCGACCUGUGGAAGCGCUACCAGGCGGAUCCCUCGCUAGGCAAGCUGUCCAUCUACGGUGGCAACGACGAACGCAUCGACAACCUGACCAACCCGGUCGGCCAAGACGACACGCUGGAGAUCGGAAACCUUAAAGUGCGUUGCAUCUCCACGCCGUGCCACACGACGUCCCACAUCUGCUACUACAUCGAGACGCCGGAAGACAAGGUCGUCUUCACGGGGGACACGCUCUUCCUGGCCGGUUGUGGCCGCUUCUUCGAGGGAACUGCGCAGCAAAUGUACGACGCGUUGAUUACGAAGCUUUCGGCCCUGCCGGACGACACCAAGGUGUACUGUGGCCACGAGUACGCGCUGAACAACCUGCGCUUCGCGAGUACCGUCGAGCCGGACAACGUGGACAUUACGCAGCUGCUGGGCAUUGCGAAGGAGGCGGAUUUGGAGGGAAGGCGAGCGAUGGUGCCGUCCACGAUUGGGCAGGAGAAGCGUACGAACGUUUUCAUGAGGGUUGGCGAGGCAGUUGUGCAGAAGUUUGUGGGGAAAAGUACUCCGUUGGAGACGAUGCAGGCGCUGCGAGCGGCGAAGGAUAAGUUUUAAGGAGGGUGAUUGAAGGGUUGUUAGAGUUUGGCUUUUGGUUACGAAGCAAAGCUUCAGUUGGUUGUACUUUUUGGAUAAAAAUAUUAUUUCAGGAACAAUAAAAUCAUUAAAAAUCUUCUCGAA